UUCUUGGGGCAGACAUUGACAAAAACACACACUUGUAUUAUAUUUUAUAUAAAUAAACAUUGCAAAGCUUAUUUACUACGACGUGUCUGAAUUGACGCCGUAUCCGAGCUCUGAACGCUGCGAUCGUCGCAAAAGACGAAGACACCUGGACUGACUCAAGUGGAAGAGAAGGGCAAUGGCUGGAUCCGCACUGCGUCGCCUGAUGGCGGAAUACAAACAGUUAACGCUCGACCCACCGGAAGGAAUCGUAGCUGGUCCCGUUAGUGAAGACAAUUUCUUCGAAUGGGAAGCACUAAUUGCUGGACCCGAGGGCACUUGCUUCGAGGGAGGCGUAUUUCCCGCCCGACUCGUUUUUCCACCCGACUACCCACUGAGUCCGCCAAAAAUGAAAUUCACUUGUGAUAUGUUCCAUCCAAACAUCUUUGCUGAUGGUCGCGUCUGCAUAUCAAUAUUACAUGCGCCAGGCGACGAUCCCCUGGGCUACGAGCUGUCGGCCGAACGCUGGAGUCCAGUCCAAAGCGUGGAAAAGAUCUUGCUUAGCGUGGUCAGCAUGCUGGCGGAACCCAACGACGAAAGUGGCGCUAAUGUUGAUGCGGCCAUUAUGUGGCGCGAACGAAGAGAAGAGUUCAACAGUAUCGCUCGACGUCUCGUGCGAAAAACACUCGGAUUGGCAACAUAGAGCCGAGUUCAGUUGCUAUAAAACUAGAUCCAUUCUACCCAACAAAAUCCAACUAUGAGCCGGGAGGAAAGUCGUGGAAAAGCCUCUACAAUCCCACUGUACCCUCAACCGAUGACAACCUUUUACAUUAGCAAGAUUCAAGAAACAUAGCAAUAAAAUCGGCUGUUAGCUACAAGCGGGCAACAGUUCAUCCCGACUUAAGUAUUGUAUACACUAUUGAUGUUGAUAUUAGUAUUUCGGACACCAUCCUUUAAUAUCCACCCGAUUUGAUGGAGUUGGAAACAUACUUUUUCAUCGUUCAAUUCGGGAGCAGUAUAUGUACAUGUAUGUUUGUCUUGUGCACAACAGUUUGGUGGACUUUUAUUAAUAUCUACGAUAUACAUAUAUGCACAUACAUAUGUAUGUGUUAUCACGCAAUUAUUCUGUGAUCGCAAUAAUGCUGUAUGAAAGGAGAAACCUCUUUCCGGUUUGUCUGUUGAUGGGAACAUCUAAUUUUGGGAUAAUCUAGUCUGAAUUCUGGACCUGAAACACUACGAAAAUCAAGAAUAAAAACAUUGAGUAGCUGCACCCAUUUAACUUUGCCACUUUUAAUAGAAAAGUGGACAUGCGAAUAUGGUUAAAGAAAUAGUCAAUUAAA